CAAGCAUUCAACUCUAACUUCGAAUUGAACAAGCGAUUCAGCUCAUAAUACAACCCAGCAGUGCACAACCUAUGGACAGAUGCUCUGAAGUAGUGACUUAACCCCCUAGUUCCCCCCUCCCCCUUCCCCUAGUUUUGAAAAUCGUCUUUUCGAUUGUUGUGAAUAGGGGUCACUUUGAUUAAGCUGAUGACCGAAAAACAAAUGUGCCAAGAGCUAUAGAGUUGUUAAUGGAAGUGCUCUGUUUCUCUUGCAUAUAGACAACUAGAACAGAACCCACGAUAUUGGAACGCAUUGUGUGUAUAGCUGGUUAUCUUUCUAGCCGCAUUAUACUUCUAUCUUUUCGAUUAUCUGUUCUAUCCUAAUUCCUUGGUCGCUGCUUUACCGCUUUUACUUACAUCUAUAUAACUGCAAAGUGGAUCAGCUAGUACUAGCCAGCCUUAUUCUUUUCGGCUGGGUUUCGAUGUGUAUGAGGGUGCUACUACUAGUGAGAUCGUGCGAAUUCAUUAUCACGACAGCGAGGUUCAUCAUGAAGACAACGUACCUAUUUCCAAAAUGAUUCUUGGCUUGAUACCGUCAUUUACAAUAGCCGAAGACUAACAGCUCAGUGUUACCGUUCCAGCUGUCUGGCGGACGAAGUGAGGUACUCACGCACAGCGAAGCGCGUUGUUUUUCCUUUUCGGAGCUUUUUGCCUUCUGUAGUUUUACUAGUAUAUCAUUCUAACUGAGUAAGUGUGGCGAAGUGUCUGAAAAUAGAAGAUCGCAAUAAGAAGAACGGUCCAUUUCUUUACCCGAAUAUUCUUUGGGGUGUCAUCUUCGCUUGUACCUAUGCCGGUCUUCACGAUGCUCGGGGGCAUAAAAUCGGUCAACCUAUGGGCCGACAACAACAACGUUGUGGUCAUUUCGAAGGACAAGGACAAAAAAAAACCGGAACCUGUCGAAGACUCCAAGCGAAUUGCUACAAUAGCCGUCGACGGUAACGAUAACAACAACCAGCGCCUGUGUCCCCCAAAACAACAACAACAACAACAACAAGCACUCAUAAAGGAACAAAGGCGUUCCAAUCACUGCCGGAGCAACGGCAAUACGGACAAGGACGAAGUAAGCAACAAUAACAACAGCACCGAGAAGGGACAUUUUCAUUCUCAGGAGGGGGAAAUCAAUGCGGCUUUCGAGAUGCCUCAUCGAGAUGCCUCAUCACUCCACGGAAUGGAUUUGCAACACCACGCGCACCACCAUCAGCGAAGUAAUUCGACCAAGAAAGGGAGCGGUGGAAGGAGAGCAUCGGUGUCGAGCAUAUCCUCUCGGGGCAACUGGGGAAAUCGAUGGGAGUUCCUGUUAUCCUGCGUGGGGCUUUCCGUUGGAAUUGGAAACGUAUGGCGUUUUCCAUAUCUCGCCUACAAAAACGGAGGAGGGGCAUUUCUAAUACCCUAUCUAGUAAUGCUGAUGUUGGUCGGAAAGCCGAUGUACUUCAUGGAACUGGCAUUUGGACAGUUUGCUGGCCAGGGCCCGCUCACCAUCUGGGCAUGUUCGCCUUUUUGUAAAGGAGUCGGAAUGGCAAUGAUUAUCUCAUCGUUGAUCGUGUGCGUUUAUUAUAAUGUGGUCAUGUGUUACACACUGUACUUUAUGGGCGCUACAUUUCAGGCACAAUUACCAUGGGAGGUUUGCGAUCCGUCGUGGGUUUCAUUUGGCUGUUACGUGCGCUCUGAGGCCUCUAGUGCUGGCCUCAAUCAAACCAAUAACUCUAUCGGCACGAGUGUCAUUAACGCAACGAUGACUAAUCUGACAAGCCGCGUGCCAUCGAGCCAGCUUUACUGGGAGCGCACGGUCUUGGACAUUAGUACAGGAAUUGAAAAUCUGAACGGCAUAAAAUGGGAUCUAGCGCUAUGUCUUCUUAUAUCAUGGAUUAUCGUCAUUGCCUGCCUUCUAAAAGGCAUAAAAACCUCGGGAAAAGUUGUUUAUUUUGCGGCGACGUUUCCAUACGUGAUUUUGCUUACGUUAAUGGUGACCGGUCUUCUACAAAAAGGGGCCAUGCAAGGUGUCUUCUACUUCAUAACGCCCGACUUCAAAAAGCUACUCACGGUCGAGGUGUGGCAAGCUGCGGCAGGUCAGAUGUUCUUCUCCCUGGGAGUUUCCGGAGGAGGUCUGAUCAUGUACUCAUCAUAUAACCGUUUCGGUAACGACGUCUUCCGGGACGCCAUGAUUGUUUCCGUUCUAGAUACGGUCACAUCAAUCAUUGCGGGAUUAGUCAUUUUCUCGGUUCUUGGCGCCAUGGCACAUGAACUGAAUGUUAAGGUGGAGGACGUGGUACAAGGUGGUCCCGGAUUGGCGUUUGUGGCCUAUCCCGAAGCUCUGGCCAGAUUGCCGUGUCCUCAGCUCUGGUCGGUGCUAUUCUUCCUUAUGCUCUUCAUUCUUGGACUCGACAGCGAGUUCGCCCUUUUAGAGAACUUUCUGACUGGAAUCUCUGAUGCCGUUCCCCAACUCAGACGACACAAGAUGAUUUUCACAAUCACUACGGGUGUCAUCUGCUUUUUCCUUGGGCUACCCUUCGUCACGAGGGGUGGUCAGUAUGUACUCGAAGUAAUGGACAAAUAUGGCGGAAGCACUGCCCUGAUCUUUAUCGCAAUUUGUGAGUGCAUUGCGAUCUCGUGGGUUUACGGCUAUAAAAACAUUGCGGCAGACAUUCACUUUAUGCUCGACAAACAACUUGGACCCUACUGGAAAUGGACUUGGGGCUACACCGCACCCGCUGUUCUAGUUAUAGUGUUCUCACUCGCUUUAAUUGAGGCCGCUAAGCCUUUGGAAUAUGGGUUUUACGUCUUUCCACCGUGGGCAAACGCGAUGGGCUGGUGCGUUGCACUUUGUGCCAUGCUACAAAUCCCAUUGUGGGCAUUCGUCCAGUUUCUCCGCGUAAAAGAUGCGGAUUCACUUAAAGAGCGCCUGUUGAAGGCAUGUCAGCCUUCGCCAGCAUGGGGGCCCUCUGACAAGGCCCUUACGCAAGCCUGGCGUGAUUACACUGGACGCAACAAUAUCGCCUCCAUGGGCCGCAAGGCUCAUCCCAACAGUGCUAGCCCACCGUCAUAUCAUAACAAGGUUCAACUGAGGAACUACGCUGUCAACCUGAACGGAAAUGGCUGCGGUGCCACCGGGCUGGAAAACGCUGUAUGCUCAAUUUUGGAUGAGAGGCCUAAAGCGGCGAUCAACAAAAACGACGAAAACUCAGCGCGCAUAGCAGUUAAAUCGACCGAAUGUGACACAGUACGACAGCGUUCUGGCAGUGACUCUUCUCAGGAAGUCUUCACAACGGUGGCCAGUAAUCCAAAAACUGGUUUUACUUCUCACGCAACAAUUGGUAUGUAUGGGCCCUGAGGAGGGUGGGAGAGAUCUCAGCGGUACGAGUAAAAGUAGCAGCAAGAGAUAUUAGAGGCCGGUCGUGAGCCCGGCUAAGGCGCUAACUCGCACGUUCUGAGGAGACGUCAUCGGAGCUAUUUGUUUAACCACGAAACAUAUAAGGUCAAAACUCGCAGAACGAAGCCUCACGGCUUCAGAACUCAAUAGUCAAAGUGACGAAGGAGCACAAACGGCGAACAUUUAGAGCUGGUGUUAAGCCAAUAGUUAAUACUGAGAGGCUUUGGAUGAAAAUAGGAAUACCGAUAAUUAGGUAGAUACCAUAUAAUGAACAGGUAAACGAAUAGGAAAAGUCCUCACAUUCGCAGUAUAACCUGCGUAAGCAACAUACAUGUCAACGUAUUAGAUAGCGCUAUACCUAGGCGCGAAUAUACAUUAGUGCGUAAUUCAAGUCGGAUAGGUCAGAGUAAUAAUACUACUGAUGAUGCUAUUAUAAGUGAAUUAGUCGCUUUUGGGAAAAGCGAUAGAUAUAUAUAUAUAUAUAUACAUACACGUACCUCGGCAGUGACGAGAGAUGCGGAUAUAGAAAAAAAAAACGUUUGAAGCUCUGGCUUAAAUGGCUUUAAAUUCCCGUAUGGGAAAACAUGACAAAAUUUCCCAGAUAGAGUGUGUAAAUGAUUUGUCACACCUAUGUUAGGAUAGAGUAGAGCCAAUAUUUAAUUGAGCUUUCAUGGGUGAGUGCUGUGAAUACGGUCGAGCAACUAUAUACAGUAAAAGACAACCAUUUGUCGUAAAACUAACAGAAAUAUGUUAUGGCUGAUGCGAGCAAGAGUCAAUAGGAUACAUUUAAACGUCAGGUAUAUGUGUCAGAUAUAAUAUGAUAAUCAAUUAGCCAGACGGAAGCAGACUGUUUGUAACGAGAAAAAUGGGACGCCCUUUGUUCGUUUUUCGUUUACUUAUUGCUUACCCCCCCCCCCCCCCCCCCCAGAAUCAGAGUUCUUAUUUAUUCUACAUACUUACAAGGGUACAAAAAUAGAACCGAAUUGAAUGGUUUGACGCAUGAAAUCAUUAUAUACGUUGUAUAUAUAUAUAUAUAUACACACACACACACACAUGUAGGUACACAUAUACAUAUAUACAACUUUUACUAAUAACAGUAAAUACAGUCAUUUGUGGCAAUCUAUGUGUGUCUAGCGCGAAUGACGUGUAUCUAGGGCGCAUACUGUAUAUGGAUUAUUGCUUGUCUAUAACAGAUUCUUCAAGUCUUCAGUAUGAAACAUAGAAUUGGAAUUAAAAUGAACUGCUCAAACAACCUGUCUUUCCAACGUUCGUAGAAUCGUAUAACUGUUCUGUAACUUCAUUUGGUAUAUUCCGUAUCAUCGGCCCCGUCAAGCGACGCUCGCCCGAUUUCAAUUACUCGCUCCUAAGCUACUGGAAUACCGUCUAAAGGUAACAAAAAAAAAAAAA